UGUGGUGGUUUGGUCCUCCUUAUUUUGCGCCCCUUUUUUUCUCAACCGAUGCUGCGUGAGAGCGAAAGAGAGGCGAGGCAAAAACAUAUUUCCCAGACAUUUGCUGAUUUAGCCGAGUAUUUUAUCGAUUCGGGAACCAGAGUACGAAAGAAAAAAUAAACGAAAAAGAUCGCGUGUUUUUGCUUGAGAGUAAAGUCAGGGAGAGAAGGGACAGUUUGUUUUUCGGAAGCAUAAAAACCGCUAGGAGACUCGAAAAAAUUUCACUAGAAAUUUUUGAAAGCGCUCGCGCAAAAAACCGGAUAUGUUACUCAAAAAAAAAAAACAACAGAAAAAGCUUCCAAAACCAAACCAAAGCGAAGCUUAUAGCAAAACGAAAUCACCAGUGUGCGCGAGACUGCACUUAACCCAAGAAACAUAGCCACCAAGUCAACACAUAAAACCCACCAAAAUGAUCAACAUGGACAUUAGCGUUACGCCCAACUACUCGUACAUCUUCGACUUCGAGAACGAUUUCAUACACCAGCGGACGCGCAAAUGGAUGCUGGAGAACUGGACAUGGGUGUUCUACUACUGCGGCAUUUACAUGCUGGUCAUAUUCGGUGGUCAGCACUUCAUGCAAAAUCGGCCGAGAUUCCAACUGCGCGGCCCGCUGAUCAUAUGGAACACCUUGCUGGCCAUGUUCAGCAUCAUGGGAGCUGCCCGAACGGCGCCGGAGCUGAUUCACGUGCUGCGUCACUACGGACUCUUCCACUCCGUCUGCGUGCCCAGCUACAUCGAACAAGAUCGCGUGUGCGGCUUCUGGACCUGGCUCUUCGUGCUCAGCAAGCUGCCGGAGCUUGGCGACACGAUAUUCAUUGUGCUCCGCAAGCAGCCUCUCAUCUUUUUGCACUGGUACCACCACAUCACCGUGCUGAUCUACUCGUGGUUCAGCUACACGGAAUACACCAGCUCUGCCCGCUGGUUCAUUGUGAUGAACUACUGCGUGCACUCGGUGAUGUACAGCUACUAUGCUCUGAAGGCGGCCCGCUUCAAUCCGCCCAGGUUCAUCUCGAUGAUCAUCACAUCGCUGCAACUGGCUCAAAUGAUUAUCGGAUGUGCGAUCAACGUGUGGGCCAAUGGCUUCCUGAAGACGCACGGCACCUCCUCCUGUCACAUCUCGCAGCGCAACAUCAACCUGUCGAUCGCCAUGUACUCCAGCUACUUUGUCUUGUUCGCGCGCUUCUUCUACAAGGCGUACCUGGCGCCCGGUGGUCACAAGAGCCGGCGCAUGGCCGCCUCCCUGGCAGCCCAGAAUGCGGUCAAGCAGUCGAGCAGCCCCCAGCAAGCCAGCGAGAGCUCCAAGUUCAUUGGCGCUGGCGAGGAUCAGGCCGCCUAUCUGCGCAAGGCCAAGGCGCAGUAAAGCGGCGGUGCUCGGCACAUCCGCACCUACUCCCAUCAUCACCACUCCCCCUGUUUACGGCUAAGGACAUUUAUUUAUGUAGCGGUGUACAAGUUGUUUUUUAAUUUUAAACCUGGGUGGCACACGACCGGUCGGAUGAGAGUUUAAUUUUGUAAGCCAAAAGUUGUACCGUGUGAACAGACGUACGAACUAUAUAUCUGAACAUGUAUAUAAGAAACAGACGAACCUAAGCUAACCAAAACUCAGAGUCGAGUCAGAAAACUGUAUGUAAAUGGGGGCAUAGAAGCGAGUACAUGCAAAGCUUAUGGCACUAAGUGUACAGGCUUGAAUUUAAACCUCUAGCCAAAGGAAGAUUAAAGGGAACGCAAGGAAUUUAGCUGCUCACUAGUUUGCAUGAGUUAAAUAAAUAGUCACUCCUCUUGAUACCUCUCGAUGUAUUUCCCAGCUGCAGUUCUAGAAGUGUGUUGUCAAGCCCAAAGUCGUUUAUGUAUAGAAUUUAUAAUUUGCAUACGCCAAAUUAAUGUUUUCUUUUCCACUAGCCCUUGAAUGUAUUUCGAUAUUUGCGUUGUCAGCUUUUAUUUACCUCUCAGGUGGAAUUUUGUGUUGCCUCCCAAUUUUAGUUAAAAUUCUCAAGAAGGAUCAGACUCCUGCCUUUAGUGUAAAUAUCGCUCUGUAUGCGAUACUCAAACGACAGGCAAUCUUGGUUGAAAUUGAAUUUGAUUUGCUGGAGAACUGUUUUCCAACAAUCACUUGUAGUUGGGGUCUGAGAACUUUGUACUUCUAAGUCUAUACGCAUAUAUAUUUAUAAAACCUAUAUUAACGGAAUAUUAAACACGUGAAAACGUAAAAAAUAAUAGCAACCAAUAACAAAACACUAAGUUAGUCGAUUGUUCCAAGAUCCAGAGCGCAAAUUGUUAUUGUAAAGUAAUAAACUGUUUUGAAAUCUGUAAGAACAAACCAUAUUGAUAACAGUCGAAAGACGACUGAUAAAAUGUUGCUGACUGACUGGAUUAAAUCGAAGCAUUGUCAUAGUCACCAAUAAAAUAUUUUUGAAAAUUUAACAUAUAUAUUCCAGUCAGUCAGUACAGUUUUGACCAGUGUCAACUGCUAUAUAAAAGGUUCGAUUCUGUUAGGGGAAGGCAUUUAUUUAGUAAACCUGUGUUGAAUGCAUUUGAAUAUUCCUUCAAUUCCUCUGCUGCUUUUUGGUAACUUAGAAAAGCUACAGAAAGUCCUUGAACGUAACACAAAAAAAACUAAUUAAAAGAAUAACCAGAGAAAAAAUUAAAAUUAUAUUUAUAUUUGUAAGCGAACAGAACAGAACGAAAGGGGAAGAGCAAAACCAAGGAAAUUAAAUGCAAAAGUCCUACUUGAAAAGUUAAUUUAGUGUAAGCGGGGAAAGUGUAACUGAAAAUGAAAAUGAAUUCGGAGCAGAAGCUGAAGGAGGAUCGUGUGAAUGGAGAGAAGGAUCGAUUGAUACUGAACUCUAGCAGGAGAGAGAAAUUGAAACGAACAAACUUGAAAUUUUUGUCGGGUAUACAUACUAAAUAAUAACUAAGCAAGAACACUACAGAUUGAGAAUGCUAAACAAAACCAACGGAUAAAUAAAACGUAACAAACGGAAAGGAUGGAA